CCUCCGAGCCGGGAGGCUCCCGUGCCCGCCGCCCAGGCGGCUUCGCUCUGCGCUCGGGGGCGCGCGGUCCGGUCCGCCCUACUCCGGUUCGGUCCGCCCCGCCCCGUCGCCUGUCGGUCCGUCUGCCUGCGCUGCGCUCAAGCUCGGCUCGGGUCGGCUCGGCGGCGGACUUGUCCAACAUGGUAGGGAGGUUGUUGUCGAGCGGCGCUCUCUUGUCAUGUCCUCGCAGUGCCGGUAGUGGUGCUGUAAGGAGAGUGCGCGGCUGAUUCGGCGCGGCGCCCAGGAGCAGCACGUCUGUCUGCCUUCACGGCUCUUUGCCGCCCGACAUAAACAAGCCCACUCCCAGCGCUGCGAGCCCCGCGCACAAACGGCACUCCGCCCCGCCGCGUCUCAGGCACCCGCCAGCGAGAUCGAAGCCCCGUUCAGGCGCGGGCUCGGCCAGCGGACCGCAUCUCGCACCAGGCAGGCAGCGGCUGCAGCUGAUGUUCACAAGGACAAGAGUCACGUGAUGUACGAAGGCAAACACAUUCACUUCUCGGAGGUGGACAAUAAGCCAUUGUGCUCGUACAGCCCCAAGCUCUGCAAGCAGCGCCGACUCAACGGCUACGCCUUCUGUAUCCGCCACGUCCUCGAAGACAAGACUGCGCCCUUCAAGCAAUGUGAAUAUGUGGCAAAGUACAACAGCCAGCGCUGUACCAACCCCAUCCCCAAGUCGGAGGACCGCAGGUACUGCAACAGUCAUCUGCAGGUCCUCGGCUUCAUCCCAAAGAAGGAGCGCAAGAAAAAGAAUGACGCCAUGGAGGAACUGCGGCCACGCUCUCACCUGGAGUCGGUGGCGCUCAACAUCACGGUGCCCUCGUUUCCCCUGAAGACCCCCAACGGGCUGGACGAGCCGGUGCCGUCGCCCCCGAGCGUCCGGCCGCUGGCGCACUUCCCCGACGUUGAGCUCCUCGACCCCUUUGCCUUCAAUGAGGAAGAGGCAGAGGGCGAGGAAGCCGCUUCCAGGAAAGGCUCGGCUGUCAGGAAGAAACUGCAGAGCAAGCUGGCCCUGAAUCAGCGCCUUCGCUUGGGGGAUGCCAUGCCAGAAAUUGUCCGAAUCCAAGCAGAGCACUUUAGCCCCUCGCCGGCACCUUGCACCCCUCUUCAGCUGCACCCACCUUCCCCACAGUGCACCCAGAUCCAGCCCUCCGCUCCGUCCCCUCGCCCGUUUCCCCUGCCCCUCCCGGUCAUCUGCAAGCCGCCUCCGCCUCCGAGCGGUGCCCAGCUGGCGCCGGCCCAGACCAACAGCCACUCUCCCAGCAAGAAGCCGGCUGGUGGCGCGUCAUUCCUGCUGCCGAGCUCCGGGCCUGCCCCUCUGGUGGACUCUGUGAAAGCCAGCAGCGUCAUCCUGAAGCCCAGCAAGUUCACUCCGCCGCCGGCCUGCCUGAGCCGACUGCAGAGACUGGUCAAACUGUGCACACAGCACCAGCAGCAGGAAGGAGACCUGUUCCCUCACUUAGGUCUCGACUGGUCGGAGGACAGCGCGGAGGACGAUGAGGAGGCUGAGCACAUGCCGCCAUAUCAUUACACCUGGAGGUUACGUGAGAGGUACUUGCAGGACAGCUCAGAGGAUGAAGUCGGCUCCCUGCGGAGCCAUCGACUGGCCCGACUUUGCACUUAUCUGCAGCAGAAGUACAAGCACCUAUGCCGCCUGGAGAGGGCGGCCACACGGCAGAAGAGGUGCCGCUACGCUUUCCGGAAGGCGUUGCUCCACGCAGCCAGCAAGGACCCGGACUGCACUGGACAGCUGAUUCAGGAACUCAGGACGGCCUCUCGGGCUCACAGCAGUCCGCGGCCCCCAGAACAGAGAGAGAUGGCGCCUGCGUUGUGCUUGGGCAGCAAUAAGGGGCAGGCGUGCACAACUCCUGCGCUGCCCUACACUCGGCACUGCUUUCAGCACAUCCUCCUGAACCGCUCCCAGCAGCUCUUCUCGAGCUGCACAGCCAAGUUCGCCGACGGCCAGCAGUGCUCUGUACCCGUCUUUGACAUCACGCACCAGACCCCGCUGUGUGAAGAGCACGCCAAGAAGAUGGACAAUUUUCUAAGAGGUGACAGCAAUCGCAAAGUACAGCACCAGCAGCAGAGAAAGCCCCGGCGGAAAACAAAACCUCCAGCACUCACCAAAAAACACAAGAAGAAGCGGAGGAGAGGGCCGCGGCGGCCCCAGAAGCCCAUCCCACCCGCUGUGCCGCAGGGCAAUCUGGGCAUGCCCUCCAGCCUAACACUGCCCGCCAGCAUCAGAAGCCCCUCCACGCCGGAGCUGAGCACAGACGAACUCCCCGACGACAUCACCAACGACAUGCCGGACAUUCCCAACGACCUGGAGCUCAAUCAGGAGGACUUCUCGGACGUUCUGCCCCGGCUGCCCGACGACCUGCAGGAUUUUGACCUUUUUGAAGGUAAGAACGGCGAGCUGCUGCCCACGACCGAGGAGGCGGAGGAGCUGGAGCGAGCCUUGCAAGCCAUGACCUCUUACACGGCCUCCCUGGAGUGCCUGAGCUCCAUAGGGGGCCUGACCCAGCCCGAUGGCGUGGGGGUCUUCUCUGGCGCGGCCGUCGGCGGAGGCGGCAUGGCAUCCUUGAGCCGCGCAGUGACCGGCGCCGAGCUGGGAGACCUUCUAAAUGGCCGCAUCCCGACCGAGAACUUUACCAGCCUGGAGCUGGAUGAGAAUCUGCUUCAUUCUGCCAGUGGUCAGUUCAGCGCAGCCCCCCCUCCGCCCUCCGCCACCGUCAGCCUUACCGUGGCCUCCUCCAACCCACUGCUCAGCCAGAGCCCCCUGGCAGAGCGGACGUUUCCAUCUGCCUUCCCUGGGCUGCACGAGGACGAGCGCGCCUCGCCACGAAGCCAUUCCUCCCACCUGCUUGGCAAAGCCGAGGAUCUCCUGUCUCCGCAGCAGCCGUAUGCCAGUGAACAGCCGCAUUCGCCUCCUCCCAGCAGCCACUUCAGCAGUGAGCACGUCGCGCCUCUCAUGAGUUCCACCAUCCUGCCCGGCCAGCUGGAGGUACCCUUAAGCAGUGUGCCAGGCAACCCGCCUCGCUCCUCCUGGAACAAUAUCCCCAUGACCCUGGCCGACCCCAGUCAGUUUGGCAACCUGUUGGCAGCCGAGGGCCACUUGAUUUCCACCUCCCUGUCCACACCCCCGUCCACCUCGCACUCGGUGACCAUCCAGCCCUCUGUUGCCCUUUCGGCACUGCCCCACACCAAUUUCAGUGGCUUGCCCGCUGCUGUCGGCUCCUCUGCCACCCCUUCCUCGGCACACGACCUUCUGACCUCCAACCCCCCCAAACAGCAGCUUCCUCAGUUCAGUGCCGCCUUCGGCCACCAGCUGUCGUCGCACAGUGGCAUCCCCAAGGACGUUCAGCCCAGCCACAGCUCCACGGCGCCCCCUGCCGGCUUUGCAGUCGCUAGCGCCACCGCCGCGAGUGCCGCCAGCGUCACGUCGCCUUUUACCGUGCAGAAGUGAGGCCGAUUUGCGAUGUGCCGACGCAGGAUACGAGCGGCCAGGGUUUCAAACAAGUGGACACUGGGGGUCCGGG